UUUCUUUCCGGGGCAUGACGACCAUGUUGUUUGGAGAAGUGAUAUAUAUACGGUCUCCUCAAGGAACCCUGUUCGGGCUCUCCCAUCGUUGAAACAUUUCGAACGCAAAAGAUCAAACGUUGCUUUCGAAACGCAGAACACAACUUUGACAGCGGAAACCUGUUUGUUGUUCUCCUUGUUCUGCCUGUCCGCGUAAACCUUCCAUCGGUUACGUCGAUACAACGCAAAAUGGACACCUGGAUCGAGACACCACUCAUCGAGUCCGCUCCUCUCUCCAGAGCUGCAGGAUGCAGAAUCUUUCUCAAACUAGACAACUUGCAACCCUCGGGCAGUUUUAAAUCGCGCGGAAUCGGCAACUACCUCGCCACACACAUCAAGAAGAACGGUAGAAGGGAGUCCACGCACUUCUACUGCUCGUCCGGCGGCAACGCCGGGCUUGCAUGCGUUGUUGCUGCGAAGCAACUAGGCUUUCCGGCCACCAUCGUCGUGCCGACCACUACCAAGCCAUUGAUGCUGGAGAAGCUCCGAGCCGUUGGCGCGAAAGAGGUCAUUCAAACCGGUGCAAACUGGAAGGAAGCGGACACCUACCUGCGCGAGAAUCUCUUGCACAAAGACAAGGGUGGAGUGUAUGUGCCUCCAUUUGACCAUCCGGAUAUUUGGGAUGGUCAUUCAAGCCUGGUGUAUGAGCUGAAACAACAGCUUGCCGAGUUGCACAACACGUCUUCGCUGCUCAAUGGAUCCAGCAAUAAGGCACCUGAUGCCAUUGUGUGCAGUGUCGGCGGUGGAGGACUUUUCAACGGCAUCAUGCAAGGCCUCGACGCAAUCGGCUGGAACUCAACUCACGUCAUAGCGCUUGAGACGGCGGGUGCCGACUCUCUCAAUGCCGCCCUCAAGGCCAAAGAGCACAUCACAUUGCCCGGGAUCACGAGCAUUGCCAACUCUCUUGGGUGCGUUCGCGUUUCCAAGCGAACCUAUGAGCUUGCGCAACGGGAGAACGUACAUAGCUUCGUGCUCAGCGAUGCAGAGGCUGUUAUGGGAUGCUGCAGGCUAGCAGAUGACGAGCGUCUUCUUGUCGAGCCUGCCUGCGGUGUUAAUGCUGCACUUUGCUACAAUGGCAAGUUGGCAGAGGCGCUUGGCCGGCCGAUUACUCCAGAUAUGAAGAUUGUUGUCGUUAUCUGCGGUGGUAGCAACGUGACUCUCGAGCAGCUAGCUCUGUGGCGUGCUGAGUAUGCUCAGUAGACCUCAUUUACGGUUACAUAGACGGGUGAAGCGAUUUCCUAUUUCUUUCAGUCAUCAAGCAGAUAUGGACUAUCAAAAAAACUAGAUAUCCUUAAUACAUACAUUUAUCGUUUGGAGUCACAGC